AUGGUCAACUCCGAUUCGACGCCACUCAUUUGGAUGGGGACCAAACCAUCUAUUGCCGCUCCUUCGUCCGUCGCUGCCCUACCUGCCACGGCUUUCAGGGCAACAGUUCAGAUUCUGGUUCCGUUGGCUCGUGGCCCCCCACACGAGUUCCAUUCUGGACCGUCUACAGAGAAACACGCAAACAUACAUAGUUCCAAAACCCGGAAGGAAGCCAUCUGUAAAACCCUCCGGGCAGCCCUACCAAGCUACGAUGAUAUCACAGCCACAUUUGCUGAGAAUGGAGGUUGGUGGGAUAGCUUCCGCCAAAAGACUCGUGCCAUUUCCCAGGCCGAGAUGUCGGAGUCACUUCUCUCCUUUGCCUCUCACGCGUUCACCAGUAAUAACCCAGCCCAGGUCGCUACGCUCGUUGUAGCCUAUGCCAGGAGUGUGGGCAACUCCUCACAGCUAAUCUCACUCGUCGACAACCUUGUUAUUUCAGAUGUUUCAUUAGCCGCUACGGUUGAAGGGAUGGAGUGCUUGAUUCUCCUAGGCAAGACGUACACUGAUGUUGGACAACCACGACGUGCGUGGCUUACUUGGCGAAAGGGCAUUGCAACUGCCCAGCUUAUGGCGAGUACCUCAGCGUGCACCGGCGGUCAACAGGGCAUUCUUAUUAACCUUGCAUUUAGGGUUUGCAUCUCCUCAAAUCAGGAACUCCAGCAAUCCGCCAAAGGCUUUGGUUGGCAGUAUACCAUGGCGAUCGAUUUACAAGUCUCCUACUUGGCUUGCCAUAUGGCUGCCAAGAUCCACAUGUAG